AUGGCAGUAAUAUCGACGCCUAUUACGGAGCUCUUUGGCAUCAAGCACCCAGUAUUGCUGGCUGGAAUGAACGUAGCGGCUGGGCCAGAGUUAGCUGCUGCCGUUUCCAGUGCGGGCGGCUUGGGAGUGAUUGGAGGACAUGGAUACACGUCCGGUAUUUUGCGGCAACAGAUCAAGGCCAUCAAGAAAGACCUGAAAGCCCCAGGCCUGCCCUUUGGUGUUGAUCUUCUGAUCCCCCAAGUCGGAGGUAGCGCACGAAAAACCAAUUACGACUACACCAAAGGUCAACUCGACAAUCUUAUCAGCGUAAUCAUUGACGAGAAGGCAUCCCUCUUUGUGUGUGCUGUCGGAGUACCGCCAAAAUCUGCGGUCGACCGCCUCCAUCAGGCCGGAAUACCGGUGAUGAACAUGGUCGGACACCCGAAACAUGUUCCCAAGGCACUGAGUGUAGGUGUCGAUAUUAUAUGCGCCCAGGCUGGCGAGGGCGGCGGCCACACGGGUGAUGUACCCGCGAGUGUUCUCAUUCCAGCGUGUGUGGACGCAGUCAAAGGCCACAAGUCCCCGCUCAAUGGAAAGCCUAUAUACGUUAUCGGAGCUGGUGCGGUAUAUGAUGGGAGAGGCCUUGCUGCAAAUUUGGCUUGGGGGGCCCAGGCUGUUUGGGUCGGAACCCGUUUUGUUGCAUCAAUAGAGGCCGGUGCACCAAAAAUCCACAAAGAACUCGUUACGAUGGCUGGUUUUGACGAUGUUGUCACUACCUUGAUCUAUACCGGGAGGCCGCUUCGAUGCUUGAAGACUCCUUAUGUACAGGACUGGGAAACAAAUCGCCAAGAGGAAAUCAAAGAGUUGACGUCGAAGGGGAUCAUUCCCGCCGAAAAGGACCUUGAAGAACAUCCGGAGAAAUUCAUCUCAGCCCGCCCGUGGUUGAUGGGGAACGUUUCUGCUCUCAUUCACGACAUUCUUCCGGCCAAGGAAAUCGUUGAAAACAUGAUUAAUGAAGCUGUCGAGAUAAUCCAGCGUGAUUCCUCCCGCGUGGUGAAAGUUAAGUUGUAG